CGAUAAAUAAAAAUAAGUAAAUAUAUUAAAAAAAAAACGUGAAAUUCUGAAGAAAAGAAAAAAACUUCCUUCGCUUUACCAUUUUUCGUCUUCUCUGUUUCUUUCUGCUCCGUGUCACUAUUUGAAUCUGAUUAUCUCGUUUCCUUCAACAAAAUUUCCCCAGAAUCAGAUUCUUUCUCACGUUUAGAUUUCAAAUCCCCAACGGGAAGCAACCUCUUCUCCAUGUUUCUCCCUUUGAAUCUCACAAAAAUCUCGGGCUCUGUCGUGUAGUGACAAUUGGGAUUUUUGCUCUGAUUCACCGUUUUUUUCCCCCGAUCGAUUACGGAAGCUGGAGAUUCGAUUCCCGGAUUCAGAUUUCAAUUUGUUCAACACGGAUUUUCUGGGGAAUCGAGUAGAAAAUGGCGAAGCGUGGAUAUAAGCUGCGAUCAUUGUUCGGGUUGCUUCGAAAGUCUGUUCAUUUGUUAGAAACCUUGACUCUAUUUGGAAACUUAGAGGAGUUUUUGGCACAUUCCGAAAAUGUAAAUUGCCUAAGUAUCGGAAAGAAGACGUCACGGCUCCUUAUAACCGGCGGUGAUGAUUACAAGGUCAACCUUUGGGCGAUAGGCAAGCCUACUUCUUUAAUGAGUUUAUGUGGUCAUACUAGUGCAGUGGAUUCAGUAGCUUUUGACUCGGCAGAAGUUUUGGUGCUCGCUGGAGCUUCUUCGGGUGUGAUAAAGCUGUGGGAUCUAGAAGAAGCAAAGAUGGUUCGAGCUUUUACUGGACAUAGAUCCAAUUGUUCUGCUGUUGAAUUUCAUCCGUUUGGUGAAUUUUUGGCGUCUGGAUCAAAUGACGCGAAUCUGAAGAUUUGGGACAUCAGAAAGAAGGGAUGCAUACAGACGUACAAGGGCCAUACUCGUGGCAUCAGCACUAUCAAAUUUACUCCUGAUGGUCGUUGGGUAGUAACCGGAGGACUUGACAAUGUUGUAAAAGUAUGGGAUUUGACUGCUGGAAAGAUUAUACAUGAUUUUAAGUUUCAUGAAGGAGCUAUUCGUUCGCUAGACUUCCACCCACUUGAGUUUCUCCUAGCCACAGGUUCAGCUGACAGGACCGUAAAGUUCUGGGAUUUGGAAACGUUUGAAUUGAUUGGAUCUACCCGACCAGAGAGUGUGUUAGAGAAAUGCCAAGUGGUAGUUGAGUUCUUCUUAAAGAUAUCAGAUGAAGCUACAGGAGUUCGUUCAAUCAAAUUUCAUCCGGAUGGGCGAACCCUUUUCUGUGGUUUGGAUGAUGGCUUAAAGGUUUAUUCAUGGGAGCCAGUGGUUUGCCAUGAUAGUGUUGAUAUGGGAUGGUCAACACUUGGUGACUUGUGCAUCAGCGAAGGGAAGCUCAUGGGUUGUUCACACUACCAAAAUUCCGUAGGAAUUUGGGUCUCAGAUAUAUCCCAAAUCGAACCAUAUGGCAUUGGAUCUUCGGAUAAAAAGGAAUGCGUGGAGAAAAUUCUCGGUGUUCUUGACGAUCAGUCUUCCGAGCGAAUAAGGAGUGGCCCCAGGCGCAGCUCAUCUCCAGAUUAUGAGACAAAAGAAAUCAAAAACAUAUACAUCGACUGUGGAAAUUCAACUGUUGCACAUAAGCCAGGAUCACUAAGUACUCCUAAAGUCAAUGCAACAUCUACUGUACAAGCAGGGGAUAAGUCUCUCAUAGCGCAUAGUGAUUUUUCGAAAGACUCUUCUGAUUCUGGAAAGGAAUCUAUCACAUUCUCAAAAACGAAGCCGGGUAUGCUGCUAAGACCAGCUCAUGUAAGAAAAACGCCGACAAAGCAGUCAGUGGCUGUUCAGUCUGGUACUCCGAAACAAAGCGGACCGGAUGGUGACAAAGAGCUGGAUACAAAGACUUCGUUAGAUUCAGCACAGAGUGGUAGAAAAGCAUUUGAUGCCAAUGAUUCUUUCAUCAAGAGUAUAACCAACAAGUUUGAAAAAGCUUUAUUUCCGGAAUCACCAACUGAUGAAGCGAAAUCUAUGCUGCUGAAACCGCCUCGUGUACAGAGAUCACCAAAUACUAAGCACAAUGAGACAAUUUCUGUCAGUUCUGGAACCGUGGACAGUAAAAAAAGCGGCUUAGAUGACUCAAGAGAUACAGGUUUGACAAAAGGGCUUGUGGAUGACAGAGGUAGUAACCCAAGUGAGGAGGAUUUCGAUGACGAGAUCGUUUCAAGCAAGCCAGAAAAAGUUUUAUCACCAAAGAAAGCUGGUGAUGAACUUAGAAGAGUUGAAUCCCCUACAGGUAGCAAAGAAUCGGACUCUGUGAAGGUUGUAGAAUCCCCUGGAGGUAGCAAAGAAUCGGACUCUGUGAAGGUUGUAAGAGGAGUAAAAGUUCUUUCAGGGAGGACACGGUCAUUGGUUGAGAGGUUUGAGAGAGGAGAAAAAAUUACUCCUUCUGAAGAUAAAGCAGCCAGUGCAACAACAGUUCAGAGCACUGAUGCUGUGGAAGAAGAGCCCCAAACAACAUCGAUACCAGCAGUUAGCCCGACGCCUACCCAGGUAAUGCCACCUGAGCUUGAACAGGCAACUAACUUGACGACAGUUGAAGCUCCUGUGGUAUCGACACGACGACCUAGGAGUAUUCCAGCCAGAGUUAUGCCUGUUGUACUCGGUCGGGACACAAACAUGACAACUGAUGCGACUCCUGUAACGUCAACACGACCUGAUAGAGUUUGGGCUACUACUAAUUCGACAUCUGAUGAGCCUGGUGUAGCAUCAACACGGCAAGCUAGGUCUUCUCAAGCCCCAAUUAUGCCUGUGAUACUCAAUCAGACAGCAAAAAUGAAAUCUGAUGAACCUCCUGUAGCAUCAACACGACCUGAUAGGAGUUCAGCUACUAAGUUGACAUCUGAUGAGUCUCCUGUAACAUCAAUACGACGAGUGACUUCUCCUGCCCCAGUUACGCCUAUGCUACUCAAUCGGAGUCGAUCAACUAAUAUGAAAUCUGAUGAGCCUCCUGUAAUAACAAGAAGACCACUUAGGACCUCUUCAGCGCGAGUAAUGCCUGUGAUACUCAAUCAAGCAACUAGCAAGCAUGAUGAGCGUCCUGUACCAUCAACACGAUCAGCUAGGACUUCCCCAGCCCGUGUAAUGCCUAUGAAACCGAACCAAGCAGAUGAUACGCCAUCUUAUGAGCCUCCAGUUGCAUUAACACGAUCAGCUAGAAACUCUCCUGCUCGUGUAAUUCCUGUGAAACUCAAUCAAGAGUAUAGUGUGACAUCUGACGCAUCUCAAAUAAGAUCCAGGCAGCGAUUUAGCCCAACUCAAUCGCUGCCAACACCUUCGGUAAUUGAUCAGGUGACUGAUAUGACACUGGAUGAGGCACAUAUAACCCAAACUCAACCAGAAUAUGAUAUAUCUACCCAGAAGGAAGAGCCUCAGAUAUCUGGGAGGGAGAAUGAAGGUGACAUGAGUGAGACUUUAAUGCAAACUCAUAAUGAGGUCCUAAACACUCUUCAAUCGAGGUUGACGAAAUUACAGAUUGUAAGACAUUUUUGGGAGCGUAGCGAUAUUAAAGGCGCCAUCAUGGCCUUGAUAAAGCUGUCAGAUCAUUCUGUUCAAGCAGAUGUGAUCAGUAUUCUAACAGACAAAACAGAGAUUCUAACAUUGGAUCUGUUUUCCCAAUUAGCACCUGUCCUCACAGGCUUAUUGGGCAGCAGGACUGAAAGGCCUGUAAAUGUCGGCUUGGAAAUGCUGUUGAAGCUUGUAGCAGUGUUCGGUACAGUUGUACAAUCAACUGUUACAGCACGACGAAGUGUUGGCGUUGAUCUUCAUGCAGAAGAAAGGUUACAGAUCUGCCAAAGUUGUUCUGCGGAAUUGCAAAAGAUUCAGAAGAUUCUCCCACUACUCACCAGAAGAGGAGGUCUCAUAGCAAGAAAGGCCCAAGAACUAAACCUAGUUCUUCAGACACCUUAGCUCCAUGUUCAGAUCCAAGACCACUCAGAAUCACUUACAAAACCGUAACCUCUCUCACUGAGUUUUCCAAUCUGUAUAUUAUCAAGAACUGUCUGCAUGUUCCUUCCGGCGAUUUUGCAUCUGUUGCUUUGAGGAUUCGCUGAGAAGUCGCAGUUUCUUGUGGCGGAUUUUGCGAUAGAAUCGGCCUGGAAGAACACGGUAAACACUCUCGAAAUCGGUGUAUGAUGUAAAUCGAUCUGUCUCUGGGAUUAAACUUGUAGUGCUUCAUCAGAAUCUUGAUUCAGUGAUUGUCAAGUGUUUAGCUGUAAUGGAAACUACAAUGUCUCUCUCUCUCUGUCUCCAUGUGAAUGUAAUGUGCAAUCUAAUGAGAAGGUACAUCGGUACAUGAAAUUUUCAUUUCGCAAUCUAACUUUUGGUCACCUAACUAUAUCUAAUUUUCGGUAAUUAGAAGAUCUAUUUACGAAUCUGCGAAGAAAC